ACCAGCUUCAUGAGGAAGGCUUUUCCAACUGUCUUAAAGGAGUUCCCACAUAUGCUGAGCACUUGUUGGCAGCUUUUCCUUCACUCUGCGGUCUGACUCAUCCCCAAACAUCUCAAUUGGGCUGAGGUCAUGUGAUUGUGGAGGCCAGGUCAUCUGAUGCAGCACCAUCACUCUCAUUCUUGAUCAAAUAGCCCUUACACAACCUGGAAGUGUGUUUUGAGUCAUUGUCCUGUUGCAAAACAAAUGAUAGUCCCACUAAGCGCAAACCAUAUGGGAUGGCGUAUCGCUGCAGAAUGCUGUGGUAGCCAUGCUGGUUAAGUGUGCCUUGAAUUCUAAAUAAAUCACAGACAGUGUCACCAGCAAAGCACCUUCACACCAUCACACCUCCUCCUCCAUGCUUCACGUCGGGAACCACACAUGCAGAGAUCAUCCGUUCACCUACACUGUGUCUCACAAAGACACGGUGGUUAAAACCAAAAACCUAGAAUUUGGACUCAUCAGACCAAAGGACAGAUUUCCACCGGUUUAAUGUCCAUUGCUCGUGUUUCUUGUUCCAAGCAAGUCUCUUCUUAUUAAUGGUGUCCUUUAGUAGUGAUUUCUUUGCAGCAAUUCGACCAUGAAGGCCUGAUUCACGCAGUCUCCUCUGAACAGAUGAUGUGUCUAUUAUUUGAACUCUGUGAAGCAUUUAUUUGGGCUGCAAUCUGAGGUACAGUUAACUCUAAUGAACAUGUCCUCUGCAGCAGAGGUAACUCUGGGUCUUCCUUUCCUGUGGUGGUCCUCAUGAGAGCCAGUUUCAUCAUAGCGCUUGAUGGUUUUUGAUUUACUGACCUUCAUGUCUUAAAGUAAUGAUGGACUCUCAUUUCUCUUUGCUUAUUUGAGCUGUUUUUCCAUAAUAUGGACUUGGUCUUCUUUAUACCACCACUACCUUGUGACAACACAACGGAUUGGCGGAAAAAAGAAAUUCCACAAAUUAACUUUUAACAAGGCACACCUGCUAAUUGAAAUGCAUUCCAUGUGACUACCUCAUGAAGCUGGUUGAGAGAAUGCCAAGCGUGUGCAAAGCUGUCAUCAAGGCAAAAGGUGGCUAUUUUGAAGAAUCUGAAAUAUAUUUCGAUAUGUUCGAUAUGUGUUAUUUCAUAGUUUUGAUGUCUUCACUAUUAUUCUACAAUGUUUGAAUAAGUCGGUGUGUCCACAUUUUUGACUGGUACUGUGUCGUUUUUUUAAAUUUGUACAAAUAUAAUAAAAAAUAAAAGCUGAAAUGUCUUGAACCCCUUUGUUAUGGCAAGCCUAAAUAAGUUCAGGAGUAAACAUAUGCUUAGUAAGUCACAUGAUAAAUUACAUGGACUCACUGUGUGCAAUAAUAUAUUAUUUAACAUUAUUUCUGAAUGAGUACCUCGUCUCUGUACCCCACACAUUCAAUUAAUUAUUUGUAAGGUCCUUCAGUAGAGCAGUGAAUUUUACACACAGAUUCAACCACAAAGAACAGGGAGGUUUUCCAAUGUCUCGCUAAGAAGGGCACCUAUUGGAAGAUGGGAUUUUUUUCUUCCUAAAAGCAGACAUUGAAUAUCCCUUUGAGCAUGGUGAAGUUAUGAAUUACACUUUGGAUGGUGUAUCAAUACACCCAGUCACUACAAAGAUGAAGGCGUCUUUCCUAACUCACUGAGUACCACUAUUCAUAUUUUCAAGCAUGGUGGUGGUUGCAUCAUGUUAUGGGUAUGCUUGUCAUCGGCAAGGACUAGGGAGUUUUUGGGGGAUUAAAAUAUAUGUAAUAAAGCUUAGCACAGGCAAAAUCCUAUAGAAAAACCAGGUUCAGUCUGACACUGGGAGACAAAUUCUUCUUUCAGCAGGACAAAAACCUAAAACACAAGGCCAAAUAUACACUGGAGUUGCUUACCAAGACAACAUUGAAUGUUCCUGAGUGGCUUAGUUACAGUUUUGACUUAAAUCGUCUUGAAAAUCUAUGGCAAGACUUGAAAAGGACUGUCUAGCAAAGAUAAACAACCAUCUAAACAGAUCUUGAAGAAUGAAAAAAUAAUAAUAUGCUAAUAUUGUACAACCCAGGUGUGCAAAGCUCUUAGAGACCCAGAAAGACUCACAGCUGUAAUCAUUGCCUAAAGAGACUCUAACAUGUAUUGACUCAGGGGGUUGAAUACUUAUGUAAUCAAGAUACAGCAUAUGACGUUUUCAUUUUUCAUACAUUUUUUACAUACUUUAGAUUUUUUUUCUUCUACUUUGACAUUACAUAGUAUUUUGUGUAGAUCAUUGACAAAAAAUGACAAUGAAAUCCAUUUUAAUCCCACCUUGUAACACAACAAAAUGUGUAAAAAGUCCAGGGGUGUGAAUACCUUCUGAAGGCACUGUAGAUCUAUGAUUGCCUUUGGCAGCUAAUUGUAUUCAUAAAAUGUGCAUUGUGUACAUUAAAAUGUGAGUAAGUGAUUUGAUUGGUUCCUCUCUGCAUUCCCUCUCUGAGCUUGGUGCCCACCUCUCUUUCAUCAAAUUGACAUGACCUAUCGCUGUUGACAUCCAUAACGUGUUGCGCUGUGGGCUAAGAGGUCUCCCCCACCCGUCCAAUAUAAAUACAGGGAUAGCACUUGCCAAGGCACACAACUUCUGCCCUUUUCCACUUGAAACAGAUCUCUACCGGCGUUACAGGGAUCUAAUAUCCUCCGUCGCAAUGAAAGGUGUGAGGACUAUUACAGCUUAUGCACUUGCGCUUUUACUUCUGGCAACGCUCGUCUCCCAUUCGUGGAGUGCACCGAAGGGCAGUUUCCAGAGGAGAAAUUGGUCGCCUCAGGCAAUGCUGUACCUCAAGGGCACCCAGGGACGGCGGUUUAUCAGCGAGGACCGAAAAGAAGGAGACGUAUAUGACACAUUACAUUUAGAGACUCGCAGUCAAAACACAGAGAAACUCCGUGUGAACCAGGCAGCCACAGUCCUGCUCAACUUCCUGCAGCAAGCCAAGGAGGACAGAGAAGAAAAUCUUGAACAACUGUACUUUCAAGACUUGCCGGCAUGGAAAAGAGAGUACUUCUGAUGUGUUUCAUAAUGUAUUUAUUAUUGUUGAUAACAUUCUAAUCUAUUGCAUCUGUUGAUCUCUUGUUGGAUGUAGAAUAUUUAAUGCGAUGUGAGAAAAACACUGGACUCUAAGUACGGCUGCACUGAAAAUGUUUGAAUGUAUUAUUUAAUAAAAUGUGGAAUAAAAUUAUUUAAAAUUCA